ACGUGAUGUGAGUCUGGAUGGGAGCCGGGUGCCCGGGACUCCGUAAGAAGCUCCCAUUUACCCAGGGUGUGAAGGUAUGGACCACGAGCAGAAGUCAGGAGCCGGGCUGCUGCAGAUGCUGCAGCUUCUAUGGCUGCUGCCCCACUCCUGGGCAGUGCCCGUAGCCCCUCCUCCGGUGUUGUGGGAUGGCCUGCAAAACCACACGUUCCGGCACACCGUUUUCUGCCAGGAUGGGAACCCCAGCAUGGGGCUCUCCGAGUCCUAUGACGAGGACCAGCUCUUCUCCUACGACUUCUCCCAGAACACCCGAGUGCCCCGGCUGCCCAACUUUGCAGCCUGGGCUCAGGACCAGGGAGAUGCCUCUGCCAUUUCAUUUGAUAAAGACUUCUGCCAGGUCUUGGUCCAGCAAGUGGGCCCCCAGCUUGAAGGAGUGAUCCCAGUGUCCAGAGGUUUGCCUGUGCCUGAGGUGUACACACUGAAGCCGCUGGAGUUCGGCAAGCCCAACACGCUGGUCUGCUUCAUCAGCAACCUCUUUCCGCCGACCUUGACUGUGACCUGGCAACACCACUUGGUCCCCGUGGAGGGGGCCAGCCCCACGUACAUCUCAGCCAUCGACGGGCUCACCUUCCAGGCUUUCUCUUAUUUAAACUUCACACCGGAGCCCUUUGACCUUUACUCCUGCGUCGUGACACACGAGAUUGAUAGCUACAAACCAAUUGCCCACUGGGUACCCCAGAACCCCCUGCCUUCAGAGCUCCUAGAGAAUGUGCUGUGUGGUGUGGCUUUCGGCCUGGGUGUGCUGGGCAUCGUCAUGGGCAUCGCCUUCUUCAUCUGGUCCUGGAAGCCUUGCUCAGUUGACUGAUUCUUCCUGACCAGAGCUUGGAACAGCACAGGCCUUGCCGGCAGGGAUGCCCAGGGUUCUCGUGCCUAAGCAGGGCCUCUCAUGGGAGCAGAAGUCCCUGAGAUUCCUCAGGGUGUGUGCCAGUGUGCAGGUGUCUCGGCUGAGGGUUCUGUUGACCCUGGACUUGCAUCCAGAAGAGACGGAGCCCGGAGCCCAGGGCACCACCCACCACCAUCUCAUACCUUCCCACUUUGAAGAAAUAAACCUUAUUUCUUAUCGUUAGCUUGACCUUUCCCUCCCGUACUAGGAAAGCAUUCUACCGCCAAGCCGCACGCCAGCCCACUGAACUCAGUUAACUUGGGGGAUUUGCUUCUGGACCCCCGACUUGGGUGGCUUGUCAUUCAGGUUCAGCCCUGGACACAGCCCAUCAGGGAGGGAAGUGGGAAAGUCCCUCUCCCAGCUGUCCCGGCUUCUGUCCCCCAUCUCAGCAUAGCUGAUGAUGUUUUUUUUUU